GCAAAACCAACCUACAGGCUACAACCAGUAUCAGAUUCAAUAUUCCACUGUCACUGAAAAUCUGAAACUAAACCCUCACAAAACCCUAACCACCGUUUUCCGAUUUUCCAAUACUCAAACAAAUGGCGUUACGAUCUGGAUCUCUAUCUCGCUCCUUCAUCUCCACAGCCAGGAAUUCCCUCCGCCCAGUCGCUCCUUCCCCCCUUCCCCGCAUCCGUCCCCCGCCACUCGCCGCUCCUCGCAUCCAGUCCCGCCUCUUUUCCAUGCCUGCCGCCACUUCCAGGAAUUUGGGGCAAUUGGGUUGCGUACAGUCACUUUUGCCACUGCAUAGCACGAUGGCGGUAGCUUGUCUCACUUCUCAUAUUGUCGCCAGUGCACGAGCUUGUAGCGAGCUGUCGAAUGGUACCUUCCGUCGUUCUUGUCAAGAUCGCUAAUAGUCUCUUUUUACUUAAGCAAGCUGUUGGAUUUCCAUGGCUGCUGGGGCCAAUAAUUAUAGGGAGUAUUAUCUGGGAAGUAUCGGUUGUAAGAAUCUUGAACGAGACUCCACCUAAUUUGUUUUUCUUUAACUCUGGAAGAAAGAACCUGUUUUGUUAUAUUUAAACUGCGACAUCAUUCAAGAUUAGUUAUUGAUUCUUGUUGUAUUUGGUUUUUGGUUAAAUGAUGAUCAUUCAUCGUGUUCCUUUCAA